CCAGCGGGAGCCCCUGGAAGGAGACCGCUAAGCUGCCAUUCGGCGUCGCCGGCGGGAAGCAGCUCAGCCCGGUGCUGGAACUGCGGCAGCCCGGCGGGCCCCGUGAGGAAAGACGGGCCCUUCUGCCCGCAGUGCCGGGCACUGCAACCCCCUGACCCGACUCAGGACUACUUCAGCCUCUUGGAUUGCAACCUUUCCUUCAGAGUUGACACUGCAAAGCUCCAGCACACUGAAAAGGAGUUCUCAAAGAAGCAUUCGACCCUGGUGAAUGAUGCCUAUAAGACUCUUCUGGUCCCCCUGAGCAGGGGACUAUAUCUUCUAAAGCUCCGUGGAGUAGAGAUUCCUGAAGGGACAGAUUAUGAAAUGGACAGGCAAUUCCUCAUGGAAAUAAUGGAAAUCAAUGAAAAACUUGCAGAAAUGCAAAGUGAAGCUGCCGUGAAAGAGAUUGAAUCUAUUGUCAGAGCUAAACAGAAAGAGCUGACUGAUAAUGUAAGCAGAGCUUUUGAACAAGAUGAUUUUGAAAAAGCCAAGGAAAUUUUAACAAAGAUGAAAUACUUUUCAAACGUGGAAGAACAGAUCAAGUUAAAGAAGAUUCCCCUCUAAUUGUUGCUAAUUUUAAAGUUUUUAAAAUAAAGUUCUU